CAGUCCAUUACUAUUUAGGGUUUUACCCCUCUCUUGUUACUGAUCUUUCGAGUUUUCACAGUAUUCACUUGUGUUCUUGCUGCAGAUAAAUCGCAAGCAAUGGCGGAUGUGGCUGUUUCUAACGCACCGGUUGAUCCCACACAAGUUCACUCCGAUGUUCUGUUGUUUAAUCGCUGGACUUACGAUGAUAUUCGGGUAUCCGAUAUUUCUGUAGAGGAUUACAUUACUGCCUCUGCUGCUAAAAACCCAAUCUACAUGCCUCACACAUCUGGAAGAUAUCAGGCAAAGAGGUUCAGGAAGGCACUGUGCCCACUUGUGGAGAGAUUGACCAAUUCUCUUAUGAUGCAUGGGCGGAACAAUGGAAAGAAACUAAUGGCUGUCCGCAUUGUGAAGCAUGCUAUGGAAAUCAUCCACCUGUUGACUGAACAAAACCCUAUUCAAGUUAUUGUUGAUGCUGUUAUCAACAGUGGUCCAAGAGAAGAUGCCACUAGAAUUGGUUCUGCAGGUGUUGUUAGGCGUCAGGCAGUUGAUAUUUCUCCACUCAGGCGCGUCAACCAGGCAAUAUAUCUUCUCACAACCGGUGCACGUGAGAGUGCUUUCAGGAACGUCAAGACGAUUGCAGAGUGCUUGGCUGAUGAACUCAUCAAUGCUGCUAAGGGUUCUUCCAACAGCUAUGCUAUAAAGAAGAAAGAUGAAAUUGAGAGGGUUGCCAAGGCCAAUCGCUGAAAACUUGAUGUAUUGUAUGGAGUGACUUCUCUUAUAAUGAUAACUUAUUUUCUUAUCACCAUCAGAAAGUUUGACAUUGGCAAGAACUUAUGUUUAACUCAUCUCAUAAGAGCAUGAACAAAGUGUUUUUGAUACCAGAGAAUAAGUUUAUUUCAGAAUGCUUAGAUGUUUCUCUG